AUGCGUCCUCAUCUAACCACUCGGUCACGCGACCACAUUCUAACAAGCCUUUCUCGCUUGGGCUGUCUAUGUUGGCAUGUCUUUUUUGGGCUGUCUCUUUUGUCUUGUCUAUUUUGGCCUGUCUCUUUUAGCCUGUCGCUUUUGGGCCGUCUCAUUUGGCCUAUCUCUUUUGGCUCUUCUGUUUUGGCUUGUCUCUUUUGGUCUGUUUCUUUUGGGCUGUUUCUUUUGGGCUGUCUAUUUUGGGCUGUCUCUUUUGGCCUGUUUCUAUUUGUCUGUUUCUUUUGGGCCGUCUCAUUUGGCAUAUCUCUUUUGGCUCUUCUCUUUUGGCUUGUCUCUUUUGGUCUGUUUCUUUUGGGCUGUCUCUUUUGGCUGUCUCUUUUGGCCUGUUUUUUUGGGUGUUUCUUUUGGGCUGUCUCUUUUGGCUUGUCUCUUUUGGUCUGUUUCUUUUGGGCUGUCCCUUUUGGCCUGCUUCUUUUGGCUUGUUUCUUUGGGUCUGUUUCUUCUGGGCUGUCUCUUUUGGGCUGUCUCUUUUGGGCUGUCUCUUUUGGGUUGUCUCUUUUGGCCUGUUUAUGUUUGUCUGCUUCUUUUGAGCUUAAACUCGAUACGAAAGUCUAUCUCAAGUCUGUUAAUAUCUAUCUAUCUAUCUAUCUAUCUAUCUAUCUAUCUAUCUAUCUAUCUGCUCAUACCUAUCUCAGUUUUUCAUAUCUAUCUAUCUAUCUAUCUAUCUAUCUAUCUAUCUAUCUAUCUAUCUAUCUAUCUAUCUCAAGUCUGUUAAUAUCUAUCUAUCUAUCUAUCUGCUCAUACCUAUAUCAGUUUUUCAUAUCUAUCUAUCUAUCUAUCUCAAGUCUAUUAAUAUCUAUCUAUCUAUCUAUCUAUCUAUCUAUCUAUCUAUCUGCUCAUACCUAUCUCAGUUUUUCAUAUCUAUCUAUCUAUCUAUCUAUCUAUCUAUCUAUCUAUCUCAGUCUGUUCAUAUCUAUCUAUCUUAAUUUGUUCAUUUAA